AUGGCCGACGCAGAGAGCCGGGGCCCCGCGGAGCCGAGGCGGGCAGCGGCCGAGGAGGAGGCAUCGGCAGCCGCGGAGCCCCAGCCCCCUGCGGAGGGCGCCCCCAAGCCCAAGAACGACUUUCUCGAGAGCCUGCCCAAUUCCGUCAGGUGCCGCGUCCUGGCGCUCAAAAAGCUGCAGAAGCGAUGCGAUAAGAUAGAGGCCAAAUUUGAUAAGGAAUUCCAGGCUCUGGAGAAAAAAUACAACGACAUUUAUAAGCCCUUGCUAGCCAAGAUCCAAGAGCUCACGGGCGAGAUGGAGGGCUGUGCGUGGACCCUGGAGGGGGAGGACGAGGACGUGGACGAGGACGACGAGGUCCAGGACCAGGAAGAGGAUGAGGACGAGGGCCAAGAGGCCGACGCAAGAGCCUGCGGCACCCUGGUGCCUGCAGACCCCAAGAAGUAGGAGGGGGGAUCCGUGGGAAGAUGCCACAGACAGCUUCCCCACCCUUUAAUACUUAUGGACUCGACAAGGCUCAGGUUUUAGACCAAAAAUACAAUGUGAAUUUAUUCUGACAUGCUAUAGCAAAUUAAAGCAGUUAAAGAUCUUGGCCAGCCCAUUUCAAAUUUGACUUUCCUCCUGGAACACAACGAGGAUACCAAAACAUGUUAAAGAGAGAAAAGGCAAACGUAAGAAAGACAUUAUCUUCAAGACUGCUUUUCCAACCUUGACAUCAGCUACAUGCUUCUGAGGAGAGAUGGCAGACAGGAAGCCUGCGAUUUGAGAUCCUGACACUACUGCUAAUUAGGCCAGGAAAAAUGCCACUUCAAGUUCUGUUAAGUGUUCUCAAUAUGUGAGUUUCGAGAAACAACAUGGUCUCAUGAAAGAGGGUGUAUAAUGUAUAAUAUUUUCAACAUGUAUUCAUUUGUUACUGUCUCGUUUGUAUUUUCUUAGUGUCUAUUUACAAAAGUGUAAAAACUACCCCAAAUGUUUAAGUAUUAAAUCACUCUAGUAUUUUAGAAAUAUCAAUUUACUUGAAGAGAAAUAGAAUGUAGCAAACUCUGUAAAGCAUGUGUACUCAGUGUUAUGUAGUUUGAUACUUGUAAAGUCUUUCUGUCAUGUAGUUUUUAGGGUAUAGCUAUGAAAAUCAUCAGAACUCCUCACUGAAGCUAGUAUGUUUGGAGAAACUGUAUACUUGAAACAAUCCAAGUGUAUGCCCCCACCCCUAGCUCAGAAGUAGAAAGCAUUUAAGUUUGCUUGUAUUAGCUGUGCCUUCAUUAUUUUGCUGUGUAAAUGUGACCAAUAUAAAAUGGUGCAUAAUUCAAUGUUACUGCUUAAGUAGCAUACAGGAAGGAUUUUUAAGAGGAACACAUUUAAUGUAACAUAAGACUUUUAGCUUCUUUGUGGAUUUUUUUUUUUUUUUUUUUUUUUGUGGAACCAGGGAUUGAACUCAUCUUUGUGGAUUUUGAAUUAUGUUUGAGCCAGUAUUCUAUAAAAACAAAGCAUAAAGUUGUUUACUA